AUGUGGAAAGACCGGGACGGACGCAAAGAGCUGAAGAAGAUGUUUGAGCAGAAUGGGAGUUUUGCGACCUUGGAGAUCCGCAUUAGGAAAAAGCACACAAACCGCAGAGAGAUUACGAAGGGAGGAGGGUGGUAUACCAGGCAUGUUCUCGAACAUACACAUGGAUGGAGCAAGAAAAUGAUCGAUAAAGCGUUUGCAUGGGCUGAAGCCAAUGGGAAGCUUCGCAUCAACAAGAUCCAUGGAGAACCUGAAGCCUUCCUAGUUUUAUCGGAAGGUUUCGCUUUGACAUCCACGGAUGUUGAAGAGACGGAGCAAUGUGGAAACAUCGCGGUGGAGGAUGGUGAUGAUGAAGCUGGCACUUUGUUGGAUAGCGAUCUUCCUGACAUCAACGAAUCCGAUCCGGCAGCCUUGUUGUCAAGUCAGCUUGCAGCCAGCAGCAGCGGUGGCGCUGGAAGCUCCUCAGGCGGCCCGAGCCCGCUUGAUACGAGCCAAGGGACGGUGUAUCUCAGGAUGACUUUUCCGGCGGUGGUGGCCACAGCAAGUCCGCUGUCUGUGCUGCCCCAGUUCGUUGAAGUCUUGGGCAAGAAGAUCGACAAGAUUCAAGCUGAGCUUGUGUCAACCAUGUCUCAGCACCUCACGAAGAUGCAGAACAUGUACACGAAGUUGGCCGACCUCAUGUCCGAAGCGACUGUCAACCCGGAAAAGCUUGACAAGCAACCUGGAAUACCAAUGGGGGGAGUGAAGCCAAAAAUGAAAGCAAAGGCUAAGGCUAAGGGCAAAAAGCUCGCCGAUACUGCCUGA